AUGAACGCUUUUGGACACCAACCAUCUAACCAGCAGACCAGCCCUAUUCAGCACCAUAGCGCGCAGGAGAUCCUAGACAUGGCCGUGUACUGCGACAAUUACGGUGUGUACCAACAGAACCUCCACCACCAUCACCCUCAGAGGCCGCCGACGCACCCCUCCGGCUACGGCCUCGGAGAGUACACCUCACCGUCCACGAACCCGUACCUAUGGCUGAACGGACCCAGCAUCAACUCCUCUCCUUAUCUUCCCGGAAACAACGGCACGUCCUAUAUUCAGUCUGGAUACGGGUCGAACCAGAGGCAGUUCUUACCGCCUCCGACCGGGUUUGGCGGGGCAGACCUGGGCUGGCUGUCCAUAUCCAGCCAGCAGGAACUCUUCAAGAUGGUCAGACCACCUUACUCUUACUCAGCACUGAUAGCGAUGGCCAUACAGAACGCCCAAGACAAAAAGUUGACUCUCAGUCAGAUCUAUCAGUAUGUAGCCGACAACUUCCCUUUCUACAAGAAGAGUAAAGCUGGAUGGCAGAAUUCAAUCCGCCACAACUUGUCACUGAACGACUGUUUCAAAAAAGUGGCACGGGACGAGGAUGACCCCGGUAAAGGAAACUACUGGACGCUCGACCCCAACUGUGAGAAGAUGUUCGACAACGGGAACUUCAGACGGAAGAGAAAGAGGAGGGCUGACAGUACCGGAGCUGAGAGCACCGCUCUCCCGGUCAAGUCAGAAGACGGCCCGCAUAAGCUCUCCGACACAUCCAGCCUUAUGAGCUCCUCCCCGCCCAGCCUGCACGGAUCCCCGGCCUCCACGGAGCCCAAGUCGUCCCCGUCUCCGUCCGCGGAGCACAGCCCGUGUUUCGGCACCUUCGUGUCCAGCGUGAACUCGCUACUGGCGGGCAGCGGCAGCACAGACGGCUCCCGGCCCGGGGAGCGGGACUACGGCUCAUCGGCGCAUCUCGGGGGAUUGUCUCAGACCAGAGAGGGCAUGUCCGGACUGGGCUCCUACUCGCCCACUUUAAUCUCUUCUGUGAACUCUGACAACAACAGAAUGAACUAUUACACAUCAGUUCAGAGCCUCUCCAAUCAUUUUAGUGUUAAUAACCUCAUAUACAGCCGGGAAGGAACAGAAGUGUAGACUGUCUUUGUCAAUGUUGGGCUGCUUACAGAAAAAGUCAUUUAUUACUCAUUAGCCUUCACAUUUCUUUAGCCUACUGUUUUUAGGCUAUGUACUUAUUACUCAUGUUCUGGUUAAGUAAGCCUCAUUGUAAAACUAGCACUGGAACUGAACUGGUAGGGUUUUUUUUAACUGGGCCAAUAUAUUUCAGUGUAUCAGAAAGGAAUAUUCAUGGUUAUAAACUGUCACUUCUGCAUUAUGGUUUGUUCACACUAGUGCAACAAACAUUGCAAGCAGUUUAUUUGU